CGGGCGGGCCGGGGUUAUCCUCUCCCGUGUCCUACAGGAGACAUCGCAAGAUUCCGCUGAUAUCCGGAGGCCGGAUCGCCGGAGGUAGCCGCACCGCGGCCACGCCCGGGACGGAUGGCAUCCACGCGGAUUCGCAUUGACAUCUGUUCGAUCCAGUCAUUUCCUCGUCCCCUCCUCUCCUCGACGGCGAGCUGCCCCGCGUCUGACCGCCUCUAUAUAAGAGAGGGGCGGAUGCUUGCGUACUCCACAGCAAGCCGGGCGGAGCGAGCGACUGGGAUCGUGAGAGAAGAAUAGAGCCACCGAGAGCGAUGUUUGCUGAGCCGCCGCCGGCGAAGCGGCAGAAGACGGCGCCGUCCGGCGAGGCGCCGAUGCCGAGGAGCCGGAUGCUGCGCCAGACCCUGUUCGUGGUGAUGUUCUUGGUGCGAAUGAGCGUCAGGAUCGCAAGCUUCACCAAAAUCCGCCGCCUGGUUCAGAGAUAUGUUGGUCAUGCCUUUCGAGUGGUUUCAGGGCAGAUUGACGGUCUUCGCCAUGAAGUAGCCAGAGGUCACAGGCAGAUUGACAGUCUCUACUGUGAAGUAGUUAGAGGUCACAGGGAGAUUGAGAUUCUCCGAAAUGAAGUGGGACGUUUGACGCAUCCAUGUUCCAAUUACCAUGCUGAUCAACUCGCCAGACUGGAGCUAAACCAGGAGCAAGCCACUACUGAUGGAUCAAAUACAAACAUUCGAUUGCUUUUUCAGAAUGGUUUGAAGCAACCCAUUUACACUGAUGAGAACGUAACAUCUGAGAAUAAUGCAGCUAUCAAACUUGCCAUGAUUCAAGGUGACAAUGUAGUAACAUCUGGUGCACUUUCGGGAGCGAAAGUUGAGAUCUUGGUUCUCCGUUGUGAGUUCUCCAACAAAUGCCGGGAUAACUGGACUGAAGAUGAUUUUGACAAGCACAUAAUGCAAGGUCGGGACGGGCAGGAUCUUGUGCUGGGGACUGAAUGGUUAACCAAUGGAGAGGUAGAACUUAGCAAGAUCCGUUUCAAGGAAGGGUCAUGCAGGAAAAAGGUCAUCAUAGCAGCAAGAGUUUGCAAGAGUGAAAAGACUUCUGGUCGGGUUCAGGAAGCCAUCAUGAAGCCUGUGCUUGUCCUGGACCGUAGAAACAAACCAAAUGAGAAGAGGCAUCCUCCAGGGUUAGAUGAUGAAUUAUAUCGCUUAGAAGAGAUUUCCAGGGAUGGAGUUUACCACAGGAGGCUUCAGGAUGCGAAAAUCUACAAAGUGGAGGGUUUUUUGAAAGCUUUGAAUGAGGAUUCUAACAAGCUUCGUAGAAUCCUCAAGAUGGAAAAGCAACAAAAUUCAUGGUCAAGACUGACUAAACAUGCUAGGGAGUGUGUUCUUGAAGAUAGGCAGGAGCUGAAACGGUAUCAGAGUGAAGAGGGAAAUGUGGUGCUCUUUUUCGAUUGUGUGCACAAUCUUAUUGGAGCAGCAUUCCCGCAUGAGUACAUUGCAUGCCAAAGAUUUGACAAGGCUCAGAAGGCUUUAGCAAACAAGUGGAAAUGUCACGCAUAUGACAAACUGGAGGGCAUCUCACCUGAUUUUAUAUUGAAAGGCAAUAUUCCUGAGCCAAUUUCAUCAAGCACUGAUGUUGCUGCUGCCCCUUGUAUUCUAUCGGUGGGUGCAUCACAGCCAAUAUUUUCUGCUAACCAGCUUUCUCCAUAUCAAGGAACUGGAGCAGCCCAAAAUUUACCCUACGGCAAGCAUGUAAUGGGACAAAUUUACCCAACUACAAACUGUGAUCCCACCAUUACUGAGGGUCUAAACACGCACUUUUACCAAGGAAGUGGAACAGCUGAAAAUUUGCCCCAGGAAGAGCAUGUAAGGGGGUCAAUUUAUCCAAUUACAAACUGUGGUCCCAUUGUCACUGAUCGUGAUGAUCUGAACACACGUUAUUGCCAAGAUCUGCAUGGCCAGCAGCAGACAUUUUUGCCUUGGCCAGAAAAUCCCCAAGGCCUGAUGGACUUUUCUUACCCAACAGAGUUGACGAGCAUGAACUUCAACCUGUAUCAGGACUCCUCAGGUGCAUCAACCUCUGCUCAACCCAACUUUGGACCACAUCAUCAUUCUCAAUCCCAUCAAAUGGCGUCGGUUGCUGAGCAAGAGGAGGGACCCGACUGGCCUGAGUUCCCAGGAUCAGGUCAUGCUAACAACUUCCAGUGACCCUGGAGAAUCCAGUUCCUGGUUGUACAUACUACAUAGCUUAUAUGUCAUCUAGUUGGUAACUGUAGGGUGUGAAUCGUGUGAUGUUGUAUCAGUCUGUUUGUGUACCAUGUGCAUAGACAUUUCUUGCAAUAGCAUGAUGUACAGAUGUUGCUGUUGUAUUGUUAAUUUUUCGUAUGUUUGCAAAUGUACAAGUGAUGGUUUUGAUAGUCGGAAAAAAAAAGAUUCUUUGUGUCGUAA